CUUGUGUCACUAUAUUAAGACUCGUUUCUCCAUGUAAUUUAUUUAAUUGUGAUUGAUAUUACUUUUAUUCUUAAUUAAUUAUUCCAUUUCCCAAAAUGACAUAUCAUUUCCAAUACCUUUUACUAAUUAGAACCCUUCUCGAGAUUAUAUAAUUUUGCUCUGGAUUUUUAACCCACAAGUUUUGGCAGAAGGAUUAGGAUUUUACUAGCUAACGGGAUCCCCAGAAAUCGUCAAGAUGAUCAUCUUAAAGGCUACAAUUGCUUCGAUACUCAUCUCGUUAGCUGCCGCCGGUGAGGAAGCCGAAUUUGUCAAGGAGCAGUAAUUUUCAAUUAGUUGACGUCAAUGUUACUGUGUCUGUCAUCGGGAGUUGGAGUUACUGGGAGUUCAAUUUGCUCCGCUCGUGCAAUAGGGCAGGUCUGUAGGAAGAGCGUCGCAGCUGUGGUUCGGUACGAUGACUGUGUGCAGGUGCUGAACGGCGACUUCCAGCAGGAGACCAAAAAGGACCUCUAUACGCUCACGAUCCUGAGCCUAAACUUGGCCAUGGCCAACUCGCCGCCUGCACUGAAGCCAGUGAUCCAGGCGUGCUCCAUCUGGUUCCUAGGCUCCUACAACAGCUUCCACUCGACCAUCAUCGAUGUCAAGGCGGGCUCGUCGCUGGCCGACUUUUAUCUCCUAUAUGCCCAUGACGGGGCCACCAACUGCCGGAAUUUCAUGAAGCAGAGCAAUAUCAGCAUUCCGGCGGUUGCGAACCGGUGCAAUCACGUGGAGUUCUUUGCCUACGUCUGCUACACCGUUACUGAAAUGCUCAUCCUCAAGGGCAACUAAUUAAUUAAUGUUCGCAUGUUUCCUUAUUGUGAUUUUCCUUUGAAAUGAGGAGCACAAAAUUAAUUGAUGAUGUGCAUAUUUUGAUGGAGUCCUGGUUCAGGGUGUGUUUGAGACGUGCUAUGUCGAUCGGAAACUAAUAAGAGAAGCCAAUCGAGGGUUAGCUGUCCGAUUUGGCCGGCCCUCGGACGGCCAAAUUGGUGGUCACUAGAGGUUGAGAGUGUUGAAAUAAAAGUAAUUUUUCAUUUCCGGUGCUAUAGCACCGGCGAACGCCACCCCUACCAGCAGGUGCAGGAGAGGUACUCGCACUACUAAGCGAAGUCACAACACUCGUCACCUGGGCAUUUGCUGAGGAGGAGGCAGCCAACUCUUGGCUAGGGCACGGGCUUACGGAUGCACGGAAAUUCUUCAAUCAAGGGUCUUAACCUCCAGUCACUCAUUGUCACCGUUAGAUCUUGCAAAAGUUAAAGACAAAGAUCGGACGUCUUAUACGAGACCGGUAGAACAAGUUGCCGGUUUCUUCACCCCCAUUCCACACCCAAGAAAACCCUCUCUUUCAUUUUUAUUUUUCUUUUCCUUCUUCCCCACUUUCACCUGUCCUUCUUCCUCCGCCCACAUGGUCGAUGCCCGCCUCCCUCUUCUCCGACCAAGUCCACAGCUCAGGCGAGCUUCGCACGACGCCUCAGUUUCACCUCCUUUCUUGCUCGAUUUGGGCAUCAGGCUCUCUUCCCGCGCCUGUCGAAGCUUUGACAGCAACAGCACGAGCUAAGCUUCUCUCCCUCAAAGGCGAAUGGAUUUCUUGCGUAUCAUAUUGGGGAACGUGGUGACAGAGAUCCUAGUCGCUGCAAGAGGGAAAGUAAAAGCGACCACUUCCGGAAAUGUCCACGGCUAUGGAAUUUCUUGCGUAUCAUAUAGCUGAGUUGUUUUUCAUUCUCGGGUCGGGUUCUCAUGUCCCUGGAUUUCGAGUUAUUUUUGUUGUCUGAUAGCUCGUGAUUGUUGAAUGAUCCAUUCUUAUAUGACAUUACAAAUGAAAGCAGAUUUUGUACUUAGCCAGCUAUUGGGUGUCUUACAGUUAACUGCAAGAUGAUGCAGGAACAACAAUUCGAGAUCAGUCAGAACUUUUAUUUAGUUGGCUGGAAAGUCUACUGCGGUCGACUAUGAUUCACUGGGAUGAAGCGUCGUACACAUGCCUUGGAAAUUCGUACAAAGAAAAAAAAAGAAUGUGACAAGAAUGAAUCAGAGUACAAUGCAAAUUGUCUCUUUGAAGUUGAAGAUUUCCUCUGAAGCUCCUCUUCAAGCCGACCUAAAGGACAUCAUCAUCAUAUAUCAUGCCGUGUUUUCAUCUCUCAUGACUUUUGAUUGUGAACGCUUGUUGUGCAUUUUAACCCGAUUAUUUGUUGUUUCUCGUUCUCCGUAUUAAUACGAAUGAACUAAUUUUCUUUUCAAUAUUUCACACAUGUAUUGGUUUGGUA